AUGGAGAACAUUUUCGGGCAGCAACAAAUAGUCGACGAUUUUGAACAGUUCACGCUAGUGAUAUGCAACCUGGACCAACGUGCGUCGUCAGUGGUAUCGGAUAUAAUUAUGCAACCCCCACCACAACGAGCCUACGCCACUCUCAAGACGGGUUUAAUUUCGCGUUCUACAAAACCUGUGGACCAGCGGAUAACACAGCUCCUGUACCACGAGAAACGCGGUGACUGGUUGCCUUCAGACUUUUACCGGCAUUUACGUGCUAUGGUGGACCCUUCCGUGUUCUCAGACACAUUACUUUUGCUCAUAUGGCAACAGCAGUUACCUCCGCAGGUGGGCUUAACCUUAAUUGCUUACGAGGGCCGGCCAUUAAGCGAGUUGCUGCAAGUGGCCGAUACAGCGCACUCCCUGUUCGACUCGCGCGCCACAGUGGCCGCUGCCGCAAUCACCUCGGCCAACGACACUAGCCAAGCACGGGCGGAGCCGGUCGACGCGGCGCCUCCAGCUUGUGCUGCCACGACUGCACGACGAGCGCCGGACGCGACGGAAGAUUUCCGAUCUCUCCGCGCUGCCAUUGAUCAGCUGACCGCCCAGCUGCAGCGGCUAGAGCCACGCGUCGAUGCGGCGGCUGACACACACACGCGUCGCCGCCAGCCGACGCGACCGCCGCGUCACGCAAAUUACGGGACCGGUUAUUACUGGUUCCACCAGCGCUUCGGCACGCAAGCUACGAAGUGUAAGGCGCCGUGCUCGCACGCAAACGCAUCCCACGGCCUGCUUUAG